AUGCCAUCCGGCAAUGAGUCGGGCCUUUCCUCGCCUUUGUCCAGUGUCCUUUCCUCUUCACUACUCGAUGUCCCUAGUUCACCGCUCAGCGCACUCUCCCGAUCUCCUUCACCUCCUCCAAGCUUCCUGAACUCAUUGUUUACACCGCCGCCGUCGCAAGAUGCUGGUGAAGACAUGCCUCGCCCAAGAAAGCGAAGGAAAAUAGAGCGACUCGACAGAACGACAAGGUACCUCGAUUUAACCUCAGAAACUGCGCAGUCCGACUACGAUCGCCGAGAUUCAAUAGACGUAUUGUUGCACGCUCUACGUAAAAGACGGAAAAUCGUCGUGAUCGCAGGCGCCGGAAUCUCCGUUACAGCAGGUAUUCCUGAUUUUCGAUCUGCCAAUGGACUCUUCGCCGGACUUCAAAAGGAACACAAGCUGAAGGGAGGUUCUGGCAAGCAGUUAUUUGACGCUUCCGUCUACAAAGAUGCUUCUUCUACCUCACAGUUUCACGACAUGGUCCGAAAAUUGGACCACAUGUGCAAGUGCGCCAGGCCUACCACCUUUCAUCACAUGGUCGCGAGGCUCGCGACUGAAGGUCGACUUCUUCGCCUCUACACUCAAAACGUCGAUGGUUUAGAGACUCAGUUACUGCCUCUGGAAACUACUGUACCACUGCCUCACAAAGGUCCAUGGCCGCAAACCGUCCAAUUACAUGGUGGACUCGAUAAAAUGAUGUGCCAGAAAUGCAGAGCCAUACUGGACUUCGAAUCAAAUCUUUUCGAGGGAUCCGAAACUCCCACUUGUCCGGAGUGUCGUGCAACUGACGAAAUCCGCACCAAUGAUCUUGGUCGCAGGAGUCAUGGAAUUGGCAGGUUACGUCCAAGAAUUGUACUCUACAACGAGCAGAAUCCGGAUGAGGAAGCCAUUGGAGCUGUCAGUGCUGCAGACAUGCGUACCAGACCAGACGCCGUGGUAGUCGUGGGCACUAGCAUGAAGAUUCCUGGGGUGCGACGCAUCGUUUCAGAGAUGUGUAAGAUCGUCAGAGAUCGACGAGAGGGCACUACCAUUUGGAUCAACCCGGAUCCCGAGCCGACUGGGCUUCAGUUCGAUAGUUGCUGGGACUUGAUUGUGAAAGGCACCAGUGACGAUGUCGCAGAUCUGGUGAAACUCAGACAGUGGGACGAUCCCAACAUGGAAGACCCUGACGCACCGACAGAAUACACCGACAGUGACGUCGAGAGAGUUAAUGCACGCCAGGGUGAGAUACGCAUUAACUUGCCGCCUUCACCGUUUAGGAAGACAUCCAGACCAGAUCUUAUACCUGUCAUGACCCCACCUAGAAGUCAGCAUGGGGACUCCCUGCCAGACCAUAAAGUACAACUUAGCACGCAAUCGCAGCCUAAGUCGUCAACCCCUAGUCCAUUGAGAAUAAAACUCAAAGUAGGAGAGAAGUCUGCCAAGGCUGAAGAAGAUAUCAAGAAACAGCAGGAAGUCCAGAUCAAUGUACCAGUCCUGCAGAAAGGACCAUUAUCGACGGUCGAAGUGUCGCGUCCGCAAAAGACCAAGAAUCCAGCAAGUGGCGGCAAGAAGCUCACCGAUGUAUUGGGUAAAGAGAAUGUUGCGAAGAAUAGGAAGUCAAAGACGUCUCUCAAGAAAGACAAGACAGGCAAGACAGGCAACAAGAGUGGAAAACUACAGCAGACCAGGAUGGCUGCAAAGAUCACAAAGUCGGCUGCCUCUCUAGGAUCCGUUCAGGUCGUAGUGCCAGCGAAAAGACCGUCGGCUUCACUUUUUAAGGACGACCUUCGGGACGACGAGCUGACUAGCGAUUAUAGGCGUUGGGCACAGCAGUCGGCACUAUCAUCUGGAUCUAUACUUAUGAGCACGAAAGGCUCGCAGCCAAAGCAGCAUCUUCCGACUCCCACAAUGACCAGCUCACGCACCACACCACAUCUUAGCCCUGAACCACAGACACCUGCUGCGGACUCUUCCGAUCUCGACGUCGAAACCUGCGAAGAAGGCGCUCCUAUGUACGACAGGCAUGCAACAGAAAGUCCCAAAGGUGGCUUACCUCGGGGGAUGGAAAAUCUCUUGCACAUUUGA